GCACCAGUUGGGUCUUUGCUGCGGCGCUUGCGGAUGACGUAGCAGCGCGCGAAGAUUCGUGGGAUUCUGGAGCUGCUGGACCACUUCACGAACCUAACUCGGCUCUCCAGAAGGACACCUUCAGAGAUGGCCCCAGUCCUGCACUUUUAUGUCCGUCCCUCUGGCCAUAAGGGGGCUGCCUCUGGACAUAUUCUUCAGAAACUGCAAGGGAAACUGCCAAAACUUCAGACUGUGGAGACUGAGCUGUGCUACAACGUGAACUGGACAGCUGAGGCUCUCCCAAGUGCUAAGGAGAUGAAGAGGCUGAAGUGGCUCUUUGGCUGCCCCUUGUUUCUGGAUGAUGUUGCCCAGGAGUCCUGGCUUCUUCCUGGCUCUAAUGACCUGCUCCUGGAGGUUGGACCCAGGUUGAACUUCUCUACCCCAGCAUCCACUAACAUCGUUUCUGUGUGCCACGCUGCGGGCCUAGAGGCUGUGGAUCGUGUAGAGACUACCCGGCGUUAUUGGCUCUCGUUUGCCCACCGCCCUUCAGCUGAAAUGGAGGCCACUGCUCUGGCUGCCUUGCAUGACCGGAUGACAGAGCAGCACUUCCCUUACCCCAUCCAGAGCUUCUCACCACAGAGCACCCCAGCCCCCCUCAAUGGCCCCAUCAACAUACUAGCUGAGGGUCGGCCUGCCUUGGAGAAAGCCAACCAGGAGCUAGGUCUGGCUCUUGACUCCUGGGACCUGGAUUUCUAUACCAAGCGCUUUCAAGAGCUACAGCGGAACCCCAGUAUGGUGGAGGUCUUUGACUUGGCUCAGUCCAAUAGUGAGCACAGCCGACACUGGUUCUUCAAGGGCCAGCUCUACGUGGACGGGAAGAAGCUGGCACACUCCCUGUUUGAGUCCAUCAUGAGUACCCAGGCAUCCUCAAACCCCAACAAUGUCCUAAAGUUCUGUGACAACAGCAGUGCAAUCCAGGGGAGGGAAGUUCGAUUCCUACAGCCUGAGGACCCUACACGACCAAGCUGUUUCCGGCAACAGCAAGGACUUAGACAUGUUGUAUUCACAGCAGAGACACACAACUUCCCCACAGGAGUAGCCCCUUUCAGUGGUGCAACCACAGGCACAGGUGGCCGCAUCAGAGAUGUCCAGUGCACAGGCCGUGGGGCCCAUGUGGUGGCUGGUACUGCUGGCUAUUGCUUCGGAAACCUGCACAUCCCAGGUUACAGUCUGCCCUGGGAGGAUCCAAGCUUUCAGUAUCCUGGGAACUUUGCCAAGCCUUUGGAAGUUGCUAUUGAGGCCAGUAAUGGAGCAUCUGAUUAUGGCAACAAAUUUGGGGAACCAGUGCUGGCUGGAUUUGCCCGCUCCUUGGGUCUCCAGCUCCCAGAUGGUCAGCGACGUGAGUGGAUCAAGCCAAUCAUGUUUAGUGGGGGCAUUGGGUCCAUGGAAGCUAAGCAUGUGGGCAAAGAGCCCCCAGAGCCAGGGAUGGAGGUUGUAAAGGUUGGGGGUCCUGUCUACAGGAUUGGAGUUGGGGGUGGAGCUGCUUCGUCUGUGCAGGUGCAGGGAGAUAACACCAGUGACCUGGACUUUGGGGCUGUACAGCGGGGAGACCCAGAGAUGGAGCAGAAAAUGAAUCGAGUGAUCCGAGCUUGUGUGGAAGCCCCAGGAGGAAAUCCCAUCUGCAGCCUCCAUGACCAGGGUGCUGGUGGCAAUGGCAAUGUCCUGAAGGAGCUGAGUGACCCAGCAGGAGCCGUCAUUUAUACUAGCCGCUUCCAGUUAGGUGACCCAACCCUGAAUGCUUUGGAAAUCUGGGGGGCUGAGUACCAGGAAUCAAAUGCACUUCUGCUGAGGCCCCCCCACCGGGACUUCCUGAGUCGUGUCAGUGCCCGGGAACGCUGCCCAGCUUGCUUUGUGGGCACUGUCACUGGAGACAAGAGGAUAGUACUGGUGGAUGAUCGUGAGUACCCUGUGGGACAAACUGGCCCGGGACAUGCCUCCCAGCUGCCUCCACCAACCCCUGUGGACCUGGAGCUUGACUGGGUUCUGGGCAAGAUGCCUCAGAAGGAAUUCUUCCUCCAGAGAGAACCCCCUGUGCUGCAGCCUCUGGCCUUGCCCCUGGGACUGAGCGUGCGCCAGGCUCUGGAACGGGUUCUAAGGCUGCCUGCUGUGGCCAGCAAGCGCUACCUCACCAAUAAGGUGGACCGCUCCGUAGGUGGCCUUGUAGCUCAACAGCAGUGUGUUGGACCCCUGCAGACUCCUCUAGCUGAUGUGGCUGUUGUUGCAUUGAGUCACCAGGAACUCAUAGGGGCUGCCACAGCUUUGGGAGAGCAGCCAGUCAAGAGCUUGCUGGACCCUAAGGUUGCUGCCCGACUGGCUGUGGCCGAAGCCCUCACCAACCUGGUGUUUGCUCUGGUCACUGAUCUCCGGGAUGUGAAGUGCAGUGGAAACUGGAUGUGGGCAGCCAAGCUCCCAGGCGAGGGUGCAGCUUUGGCUGAUGCCUGUGAGGCUAUGGUGGCGGUGAUGGCAGCAUUAGGUGUGGCAGUGGAUGGUGGCAAGGAUUCCCUCAGCAUGGCUGCCCGGGUUGGCACUGAGACUGUGAGGGCUCCUGGAUCGCUGGUCAUCUCAGCCUAUGCCGUCUGUCCAGACAUCACAGCCACUGUGACCCCAGACCUUAAGCAUCCUGGAGGAAGAGGUUGCCUGCUCUAUGUGCCUCUGAGCCCUGGGCAGUACCGGCUUGGGGGCACGGCUCUGGCCCAGUGCUUCUCCCAACUUGGGGAGCAGCCUCCUGACCUAGACCUUCCUGAGAACCUGGUGCGUGCCUUCCACAUCACUCAGGGGCUGCUGAAAGACCGCCAAAUCUGCUCAGGACAUGAUAUCAGCGACGGAGGCCUUGUUACCUGCCUGCUAGAGAUGGCCUUUGCUGGGAAUUGUGGGAUAGAGGUGGAUAUACCUGCCCCUGGAAUUGAUGUGCUACCUGUGCUGUUUGCAGAGGAGCCAGGCCUGGUACUGGAGGUGCAGGAGCCAGACCUGGCUGGAGUACUGCAGCGAUACCAUGGUGCUGGCCUAUGCUGCCUGGAACUUGGCCACACAGGCGAGGCCGGGCCCCAGGCCAUGGUCCGGGUAUCAGUGAAUGGGGCUGUGGUUGUGGAGGAGCCUGUCAGGCAACUGAGAGCCCUCUGGGAGGAGACGAGUUUCCAGCUGGACCUGCUGCAGGCAGAACCAUGCUGUGUGGCAGAGGAGGAACAGGGCCUGAAGGAGCGGACAGGGCCCAGCUACUACCUACCACCCACCUUCCCCAUAGCCUCUGUGACCUGUGAGCCUGGUGGUCCCAUCCCCCGAGUUGCCGUAUUGCGAGAAGAAGGCAGUAAUGGAGACCGAGAAAUGGCUGAUGCCUUUCACUUGGCUGGGUUUGAGGUGUGGGAUGUGACCAUGCAGGACCUCUGCUCUGGAGCCAUCAGGCUGGACACUUUCCGCGGUGUGGCCUUUGUGGGAGGCUUCAGCUAUGCAGAUGUCCUGGGCUCUGCCAAAGGGUGGGCCGCUGCCGUGACCUUUAAUCCACAGGCCAGGGAUGAGUUGAAGCGCUUCCGAAAGCGCCCAGACACCUUUAGCCUGGGUGUGUGUAAUGGUUGUCAGCUGUUGGCUCUGCUGGGCUGGGUGGGAGGCAACCCCAGUGAAGAGCCAGAGGAGGCCAACCAUGAUUCCCAGUCAACACAACCUGGCCUCCUGCUCCGCCACAACCUAUCUGGGCGAUUUGAGUCUCGCUGGGCCAGUGUCUGUGUAGGGCCUGGGCCAGCCCUGAUGCUUCGAGGGAUGGAAGGCGCUGUGCUGCCUGUGUGGAGUGCCCAUGGGGAAGGUUACAUGGCAUUUUCUUCUUCUGAACUCCAAGCCCAGAUAGAGGCCAAGGGCUUGGCUCCCUUACGUUGGGCAGAUGAUGAUGGGAACCCGACAGAGCAGUACCCCCUGAAUCCCAAUGGGUCUCCAGGGGGUGUGGCUGGUGUCUGCUCCCAGGAUGGGCGCCACUUGGCUCUCAUGCCACACCCUGAGCGGGCUGUGAGGCCUUGGCAGUGGGCAUGGCGACCCCCUCCCUUUGAUGCUCUAGCCACCUCUCCCUGGCUGCAGCUCUUCAUCAAUGCCUGGAACUGGACCCAGGAGGACAGCUGCUGAGCAGACCACAGCUCAUCUCUGAGUGUCUGCUGCCCUCUUCCCCAUUGCCUUCAGGAGUACCCCUACCUGAUCUCCAGAAGCAUCUUGGACAGACAAGAGCUGAAGUGCUAGAAACACCUCAGCUGCUUUGCUCAUUUUAGCUUUGCACUGCUAUAGCUGUUCUCAGUUUCUGAGUUCCAACAUGGCUCACUGUUCUUGAGGCCAGCAAGCAGCCCCUGAUAGUGCAGGGUGUUGGCAGGGCCCUCCUUCCUAGUGACCACUACCCUAUGCCUCAUUUCCCUCAUUUUGAGAUCUGAGAGAUGUCUUAUGUCCCCCUUUCUUAUUUUGAUUUUUUGAGACGGGCUUUUAUUCUGUAAAUAAGUGUCUCUUGCCUCAGCCUCUUGAGUCCUGGAAUUACAGGUGUGGGCCAUCAUGUCUGGCACUGAUGUAGUCGACGGACAGUGCAUACCAGCCCCUUCCACCUCAUUGUUCCCAUCUGAAAAGAACAGCUUUCAGGAUUCUGUUUUGGAUAUGCUCUGUUGGUUUUAGGAAUUAUUGUAUGCAAAAGUGUCACUGACAGAAUUUCUGGCCAUGCCUAAGGCUGACCUGGUGCCAGCCUCUCUGACCCACAUUCCUGAAAUUUGCUUCUCCUAAUGUAGCAACUGCUUUUCUUGUGGUGGUUGGCACCUUCCUCCUUAGAAUGGAGCCCUUAGCUUAUUGGAGUACUACCUCUUAUCAUUCAUUUCUGUAACUGCUCCUUGAUCAGCUAUGGUGCCAAGCAGCAACACUGCUCCCAUGGAGUGCUUAGUCUUAAUAGAAUUAAAAUAAUAGCUAUGGGGCUAGAGAGAAGACUCAGCAGUUAAGAGCACUCGCUGCUCUUGCAGAGGACCUGGGUUUGAUUCCCAGCACCCACAUGGCAUCUGUAACUCCAGUUGCAGCACCCUCUUAUGCUGGCAUUGCGUGACAAGGUUGCACUUACACACAUGCAGGCAAUACACGCAUACACAUAAAAAUAAUAAAGCCAGGCGUGGUGGCACAUGCUUUUAAUCCCAGCACUCAGGAGACAGAGGCAGGCGGAUCUUAUGAGUUCAAGGCCAGCCUUGUCUACAUAGUGAGUUCCAGGACAGCUGGGGCUACAGGGAGACCCUGUCUCAAAGAAGAACCCCCACACACAAAAUAAUAAAAUACUAAAAAUAGUAUCUGUAUGUUGUACUACCAAGCCAAGUAGGUGCUAGAUAGUUUAUAUGUGUCUGAAUUCUCAUCAAAAUCAAGAAAGAUACUUGAAAGCCCUUCUCCAGUUAACAAAGGACAGUUUAAACUGCCUGGUAUUGGACAUACAACUUGAAAGGGACAUCAGUGAGCCCUGCCCACCCAGCUGCAUCUGUUUCCAAUCAUCUUGUGGCCACAUUUCCUGGAAGUGGCUGCUCUUGAUGACAGCCAUCUCCAUCAACCUUUGCUUUCUUCUCUCACACAAAUAUGUUUAGAAGUCACUUUUGUUGUACAACUGGAGUCAGGUGGCUCCUCAAAAGUUCCACAUCUUGAUUAAAGGGGUUCCCUAAAAUUGGAGACUCAUCUUGGAUCUCUAGGGCAUCAGGGUCUGUAGGCAGAGGGAGGGGGAGCACUUGUACCUCUGGUAGGAAGUAGCACCCCAACAAGAUAAUAAUGAAAUGGUGUUAAAUUGCAGGCUGAGGUUGGGGGUGCAACUUAGUGGUAGAGCACUUUCCUAGAAUGUGCUGGCCCCUGGGUUUGAUCUCCCUGCAGCAUCAAAAAAAGGAUGGGGUGUACAGAAAGUCAGAUUUUCCUUUUCUCUUAUUGCUUAGUAAAAUUGCCUGUUUUGAGCAGAAUAGUUCUAAGGAUUUUUUUUUCAUUUAAGUUUUAAAAAAUAUAUUUAUAUUUUUAUGUGUACGUGUGUAUUGCCUUCAUGUAGGUAAGUGCACCUGUGUCGGAGACUGUCGGAGGAGGACAGAAGAGGC